AUGCCUCUUUUUGGCGGCGGCAGCAAAGCUGACGACCCCUUCUACCACCGCAAACCUGUCCCUGAUGAGUUCAUUCAAGAUGUCGCUCCUUCUGGCCUAAGCGCACAGGAAGAAUGGGCCAAUCGAGAGCGCAAAAUGUCCAUCAAUGGCGUCGACAUUCGAAAGUUCAGCAACAGUCGAAGCUCCGGCAUGGAACCGCAAGACGAUCCUUACUACGGCCGCAAGUCCGUGACCAAAGCCGAGAUCGAUGGUGUAGCCCCCAGUGGCAUGACUGAAGAGGAGGAAUACGCGAACCGCGAGAGAAAGAUGAGCGUCAACGGCGUCGACCUCCGCAAGUUCAGCUUAACCCCAAACGGGGGAUUCAAGCCUCAGAACGAUCCAUACUACGCCCGCAAGGCGGUCGACAAGGCACAGACAAAAGGAAUCGCCGAGACAGACAACACCCCCGCGCAGGACUACGCCGUGCGAGAGCGCAAGAUGAGCGCCGUCAACUUCAGCAGCGACCCUUUCCAGCUCAUAACCGGCACCGGCCACCGCCAAUCCGUCUCCACCGCCUCAGCACUCAACACCGCCACCGCCGCCACCGAGCGCCGCCGCAGCUCCGCCAUCGCGCCCGACGCCGCCAAAGCCGCCGCCGCACACCACCAUUCCGGCUACGACGGCCAGCACCUCGAGCCCAUCCAGUCGCGCGUGGAUGGCGAGUCCAGCACCACAGGAAUCAGCCAUGGUGAGAGCAGCACCACCACGGGCGUCAGCCACGGCGGCGAGAGCAGCACGUUCGGCAUCAAUCAAGGCGAGAGCAGCUCCUUUGGCUUCAAUCAUGCUGGGAGCAGCAGCGGCAUCAAUGGUGCCGGUGUAGGUGCCGGCACCGGUACGGGUACUGGAGGGUUCGGAGACGGUUUUGCGUCCGCUCACCACCAGACCACGACGACGGGGAGCGGCGCGGUGAACGAGCCGUUGGAUUUGGCGCCUGAUCAGAGGGCCUGA